CCUAUAAAUCCACUCGCCUUCGAGCUCCCUUGCCGCCCCGCAUUGAACUCUCCCUCGGUUCGUUCCAGCGCUUGCCCACCGGACUCACCGCCGAGACAGAGCUCCACGCCAUCCCCAGGCCCCAGCUUCUCUCUCUCUCUCAGCCGCGUCCGCUUGUCGCGUUGCGGACCCGGAACACGCCGGCCCGCCAUAUAGAGCGAACAAAGCCAGAGACAGCCGGCCAGACAGACACUCGAAGCGGUGGUCUUCUCCGUUCGGCAAGGGACAAGGAUCAGUCCCCAGUUGGUUUAAUUAGUAGCCGGCCAUGGCGGCGAAGAAGGUGGUGCUGAAGCUGGACCUGCACGACAACAAGGACAAGCAGAGGGUGCUCAAAGCGGUCUCCACUCUCCACGGCAUCGACUCGAUCUCCGUGGACAUGAAGGACUCUAAGCUGACGGUGGUCGGCCUCGCCGACCCCGUCGACGUCGUGGCCAAGCUGCGCAAGGUCGGGGCCGCCCACAUCCUCUCCGUCGGCCCGGCCAAGGAGGAGAAGAAGGACGACAAGAAGGACGGCGAUAAGAAGGACGGCGACAAGAAGGACGGCGAUAAGAAUAAGGUCAUGGUGUGCCCGCCGCCGUGGUACGCCGCGCAGUACCCACACUACUACCCCCACUACGUCGUCCACAGCGCCGAGGAGGACCCCAACUCCUGCGUCAUCUGCUGAUGCCGACGCCGACGCCGGUCCGGGUGUCCCCGGUCAGUUUUUGUAAAUUUCUAGUUGGCCUGCCUGCCUGCCUACCUCGAGCUCCGGCGUCAGUGAUCACCGGCCGGGACCGGGACCAGGGCCCGGGGUGCGGUGGUUGGCCGCUGCGCUCAGCUCUAUCCCUGGGUUGGUUGGCCCGUCCGCAGGUCGUUAUAUGAUGAUGAUGAUGAUGAUGGCCGGAGCAAUUACGCAGGCGGUCCAGGAGGUGGGAUUUCAGGCUGCAGAUCCAUUGCUGAUCUGAUCAGCGAGUUGUGCAGUGUCCAUAGCAUAUAGUAUUUGGGUUUUGUCCUUGCUAUUUGGGUGUUAAGGAAUGAAACUAUAAACUUAUAUAAAGGUUAACUGAACAUAUACUAAACUCCAUGUGUUCUGAUGUAUGAAGUCGAGUGAUUAAAGGAGCUGAACUGUUUGUUGGACUUGGUCCGAGAGGUUCACGUAAGAGCACGACCAGUGCUCCUGAAUCAUCUAGAAACGGGCAGCAGUAGGAUGAACUGAAUAGGGGUUAUUGUAAUCAUAAAAUGGCUGCUGUCUAGCCCAUCUUUCAAA